AUGGACGCGAUGCAGGAGCAGGUGGACGAUGUGUGGAGGCAGACGUCUUUCUACCUGGAGCACUUUUUCAGGAGCGCGAUGAGGAAAACAAUGGACGACACUGGAGAGGAGGCGGAGAGCAUCCGAGGUUGGAGCGUCAGGAAAAACACGAAGACAUUUCGGUGCCAGAAGCACCAGUUUGGCGAAUGUGACGACCCACGCACGUCGGCGCACAUCCAGCAGCUGGACAACCUGCGAGGGCGGAUGAGGCACAUGCAAUGGCUGCGGAGGAAGGGCCGCGAGGACGGCGCAGAAGGACGAAAGCUCGAGGAGAAGAUCCGCGAAGGGCUGACGAAGCACGGGCUGGUUACGUUGAAGGAGGUCGAGGUGAAGCUGGAGGAGCUCCGAAAGCAGCGGAGGCAGGGCCGCAUGGACAGGCUACGGGGAUCCGCUCCGGGCGCUGAUGGCUGGCAUGGAGAUGAGCUCGCUUCGCUCUACUGCCCUGCGGUGGUCUCACACCUGGCUGACGUCUUCAAUUUCAUGCUGGACCAGGGCUGCGUACCCACUGAGUGGCGCAAGGCACGGCAAGUAAUGCUCCCGAAGGAGGGCACGGGAAGGAGAAAGAGGGACGGAAGCAACGCCGUGCAGGCGCUGCGGCCCAUCACCAUCUUGAGCUGCUGGUGGCGCCUGCUCGGCAGCGCGCUGCUGCGGUCACCCGACGCCCAAGCGUGGCAGAAGAAAUGGUGGAGGGAGGAGGCUGUGGGUGGACGCAAGGCUGGUGAGGUGGACAUGCCGCUCAUGAACCUCAGCGACCCGUGGUCCAUGAUAGCUAUGGUGGCGGUCCGAAGCCUGCCGAUCAUGGCCAUCGUGGCGCGCUUCCCUGCAUCGGAGCUGACCUGCUUCGUGGACGACAGGUCGUGGACGCCCAGCACGGCGCAGGAGCUGCUGGCAGUGGGUGAGGCAGCCGCGGGCAGGCAGCAGCUGCCCGGAGCAGGCGCGCCGCACACCACUGUGACGGUGAUGCUCGAAAGGAGUGCGCACCUGCCCGCCUGCGUGAGGAUGAAGGAAGCGACGAUGGCAGGCAGGGCGCUGGCAGUCGCUGAGUACGGCUGCAUCGACAGGCAGACGAACAAGAAGGAUGAGACGCAGCUACGGGCGGCGAUCGUGAGGGCGAGGAAGGAUGCUCUGGUCGGGUCCAUGCCCUCCUGCAAGGCUGCGGCCGGCAGGAACGUGCCGGGUGGGAGCGGGGAGGCGCCCGCGCGAUUCUCGGCCUGCGCGGAGGCAGCGCCCGCUGGUCGGAGUGCAGAGGACGCGCCGAGCACGUGCUCCAGGUGGCGGGAGCAAAACCGCGUCGAUUCGUUCCUGUGCCGGUUCGAGCAGUACGACGAGCGGCGCUGCAGGGCCGCGAGGCUUCUGGCAGAGGGCAGCACGCACGCGGCCAGCGUGAUGUCUGGGGCAUUCGUCUCGCCGGCGCACCUGCAGGCGCCCGACUUCGAGCACGUGGUCUGGCGCUGA